AUGGCCGCUCUCAAGGCCCGUGUUGCCGCUGCCAUCGGGGGGAGCAAAGCAAAGGGUGGGUUGAAUGUGGGCCUGCAUCCGGCCUUGGAAGACCUCGGAUCAUGGAAACCCCCGAGUAAAAGCAGAGAUGCGGCAUCACGCCCACGGCAGGAUCAGUCCCGGACUCAGGACUCGCUCAGGUCCUCUGGCCCUCAAUCCAACAACCGAGACACGCUCGAGAACCCUUACUUUGACCCGAGUGCGUCCGCGCAGGGAGGUAGCGGCAAGCCUCGACAGUCGCGACAGUUGGUUUUCAAUCAGAAGGGCAAAUAUAUCCAGCAGGCGAAUGCUCUACGUCGUCAGGCCGCGCUCGAGGCGAUGAAGAAGCGCAUUGCGGCGCAAACACGAAAGGCGGGAAUCGACGAGGACCUGGAUGUAGAGAGAAACUUUGUCGUGGAUUCCCCCCCAGAUAUCGAAUGGUGGGAUCAAGGGCUUGUGGAUGGCACAAGCUACGAUGCGGUGGACGACCCCUCGAAACUCAAAAUCAACACAGCGGAUAGCAUCAUCACCGAGUACAUCCAACAUCCUGUGGCCCUGGAACCACCACAAGAUCGCCUUGCUCCGGCACCAAAGGCCAUGUUCCUGACAUCUAGAGAGCAAGCAAAGCUUCGGCGGCAGCGCAGGAUGGCAGAAUUGAAGGAGAUGCAAGCAAAGAUUCGCUUGGGACUGGUGCCAGCGCCACCACCCAAGGUAAAGAAGGGCAACCUGAUGCGAGUCCUUGGUGAUGUUGCCGUCAAGGAUCCUACCGCCGUCGAGGCCCGAGUCAAUCGCGAAAUCGCAGAGCGCCACCAAAAGCAUGUCGAGGCAAACGACGGCCGGAAAUUGACUAAGGAACAGAAGCACGAAAAGUUAGCCACCAACCAGCAGAAAGACGCAGACAAAGGAAUCCAUAUCCUGGUUUUCAAGAUUGAUACUUUAGCCAACGGGCAACACCGAUACAAAAUCGGUGUCAAUGCCGAGCAAAUGGCGCUGACGGGUACAUGUGUCAUGCACCCCAAGUUCAACUUGGUGAUCGUGGAAGGGGGGGAGUGGAGCAUCAAGAAAUACAAGAAGCUUAUGCUUAAUCGCAUCGACUGGACGGAAAAUUCGCCCUCGAGGGACCGUGAUGGGAAGGAGGGGGAUGUCCGCGAUUGGCUUGCUGCCGAGAACGAGAAGGGCGAGCUCAAAGACAUGUCACUGAACGAAUGCAAGUUGGUCUUCGAAGGCGAGCAAAAGGCGCGGGCUUUCCGCAAAUGGGGAAGUAAGAUCUGCGAAACGGACGCGGAGGCUCGGGAAACGCUUUCUCGUACCAAGAUGGAUAAUUUCUGGUCGCUGGCCAAAGGUUUUGUUUAG